GGCAACAACAGAUCUUUACCUAAGUAAACUAGUAAAGUCUGAGCCAGUAAGGGAUUGAUCUAAAGGAGGGGCACACACAGUAGCGAUCAUAUGUGAGAGGAAACUAAAAAGAAAAAAUUUUCCUAGGCUAAAUUUGCCUCCUACGCUGGCUGUAAGAAGAUAUCCUAAGAUGUGAGAGAAAAAGAUUUCACAGUGGAUCAGACAGGCGCCACUCGGCCGGGCCACAGCUGCUUGGGUGUUGACCAGGAGCGGCCCAAUUAAGGACUCGGACGACCGCGGGGUUCAAAUGCAAAUAUGUCAAACACGCAGCAAACGAGGGAGCCCACCUACUAGUAGAACUGCGUUGAUGCCCAGUUUGUCUGUCCAAAACCCACCGGAAAGGUGGGAACACCACAAUCAGAGUGUGAAAAUUUUUUAUCAUCGAGGCAGGAGAGUGACCGGUGGUGGGGUCAUGGUCGGGUCUCCGAGCGAAAGAGAACCAAGGAAACAAGAUCAACGAGGUUGGUGUACCCAAAAGGCCGCAGCAACAAGAGUCAUCGCCCAAAAAGUCGACAGUCUGGAAGAGACUCCGCCGUGCAGAUUCUGCGUCGGUCCCGCACAUGCGUGGUGGGGCAUUACCCCUCCAUGUCCAAUGAUAAGGGCGGCGGUCGAGGGCUUAAGCCCGCCCACUAAUUCGCCUUCUCGCUUGCCCCUCCAUAUAAGGAUUCCCCCUCCUUCCCCUCCCACAACUUUUUUCCUCUUUCUCUCUUCGUCCGCAUCAGUACGUAUAUCCUUCCCCCCUUACCUCGUUUUCAGUCUUUUCUUCCUUUCCAUCAACUCUUGCCUGACUGACAUCUGUUUUGCUCAGUACCUCUACGCGAUCAGCCGUAGGAUCUGAGCAAGCUUUUUUUUACAGAAUCUUUCUAGUAUCUUACAAAGAACUACAAAGUUCUCAAAACCUUCAAAAUGGGGUAGGUUAAUCCUUGACGACUGGGUUCGGUUGCAUCUCCGAUCAUGGCUGACUGAUUUCCUCUCGCUUGCAGUAAGGAAGAGAAGUCCCACAUCAACAUCGUCGUUAUCGGCCACGUCGAUUCCGGCAAGUCCACCACCACUGGUCACCUGAUCUACAAGUGUGGUGGUAUCGACCAGCGUACCAUCGAGAAGUUCGAGAAGGAAGCCGCUGAGCUCGGUAA